GCCAAAAUCACGAGGCGAUCUCGAGGCUUAUAUAUUAGAGCUUUUAAAGGUUAUUAAUUCCAAAUGACCUGCCCAUCAAGGAAGACUAACAAUAACUUAUCCUCACAACCUAUCACUUCGCGAUAAGAAGGGAAGUUGCGCCUGCAACAAAUGAGCAAGAUCUUCCCCCUUCCCAAAUAAUGACAUCGACAACUGCAGAUGGACUGCUAAAUUGGGAAGUCCAGCCUCAUUUGCUGUCCGGAAACCCAGCUCAGCAAGAUCCCUGGCAAAGGAACGCGACCAAUUUAAUAAAGGAACUUUCGGACCAAGAUCAAGCAACUCGUCAGUACCAGACACAUUUGGAGUCUCGCCUCCGAGAAGACCGAGCCUGCCUCCAACACGAGCGACAGCAUUCCAGUCAGCUCCAGCAGAAGCUGGCCGACUUACAGUCGACACACAAUCAAGUGGAAUUAGCGCUAUAUCAAGCCACGAACGAUAUCAAAUGGUUGCGUCAAGAGCUGGACAUGCAAGUGAGGAAAUCUCAGGAUGCAGAGUCUCGGGCGGCGGCGCUCUCGUCACUCAACGAAUCGUUGGUGCAGAAGAUGCUCGGUGCACAUUCCGCAGAGCUGGGCGCCCAAGCUACGUCUGUGGAUGCCCUCCAACUACAUUUGAACCAACAGAAGCACGAAGCAUGGAUAAAGGAGCUCCAGUUGUCUAACCGGCUCCAUGAGGAAUCAAUUCGAUCCUUACAAUCUGCCUUACACGCAGCGAUAUUCUCCAUGUCAUAUUCUGAGUCAUCAGGCAGCAGUGAGUGUACAACUAUAGUUGGGUCUGGUGCCGGUAUUGGAGAUGAGAACUCGUCCGAAGUACGGGCAUAUAUCGGAAUGAAUUCAACACAAAAUGGCCAAUGCAGUUCAGCAAAAGAAGGGUCUUGGUAUGAGGCGUGAUUGGAAGUGUUGGUUUGACUACGCAUGUGCCAUUGUAAAGAAGAUGAUCUAGUAAGCCUCGGAGAUAUAAAAAUGAUACAUGCUGUCCAGUAAUACAAAGGCUCAAUUCGUG